AUGUCAUCCGCUAUCAAUAUUGUGCGGCGGCGCUCCAUCCCCGAGCGGUCCAUCAGAGUCCUCGUGUCUCCCACGCCGGUUACCUUUGCAGAGCGGCGCUCGGUUUUGCAAGUCUUGGAGCAAUACGGACCUGUCGAGGUCUUCAAGAUGACGCCGGGCUACCAUGCAAACUUCAUAUCGGUAACCAAGGAGGCCGCCACAGCAAGCAAACUAGUCGAAUACAGCCCUCUGACUUAUCACAUCCCCGUGAACCAAAUGAAUGCCGACGUAUGUAUCGCCGAUUUGGACGACUCGGAAAGCUUCAACAGCCUUAAAAGCAAUCGGCCGUCUAUGACAGCUGCACCAGACCAACCACCACCCCUGGUCACGAAGCAUGUCUUCACAUCGCACGCCGCGUCAAGCCAUCAAGAACAGAGGCAGUUCACGUUAGAAAUCUUUCCAGCCCCAGAUUACAUGCACAAAUUCGCCAUGACAGGGUCGCCACUCCACCACUCUUGGCCAGAAGCUUAUCGCAAAGACAAGUCAUUCCUGGCCGCGACUCUGAAGCAAUCACUGCCUCAGACCAUGGCUUCGAAGGGUCUGGCGCACUGGCUGUUCGAUGUGGGGAGCAAUAACGCCUCUGAAUCAGAGCGCAAAGCAGAGCGACUGCAACUGAAGGGAUGGAUGCCUAGCAAAAUGAAGGACUGA